UGGAAGGAAGCGUGCCAGCUAUGCAGGUCGAGUCGGAUUUAUUCUCCGUUCCGGCCACUCUAGCGGAUUUUGUGCGGACAGAAGAAGAACGCAUUCUACCAACAUCAGGGCAAACAGAAGAAAUUAGUUCUGGAGAAAUUUCCUUUUACAUUCCCCCUUCAACGUCGGCGCUGCUAGUGCUACCGGAAAUUACGCUAGAAAUGGAUAUUGCAAUCAAAAAGCAAAUUGCAGGACUUGGUGCGGCUACGCAUAUUGAAAACACGGAUCUAGUAGCACCAGUGAACUUGAUUGCGCAUUCUAUAUUCAGCUCGGUAGAGGUAACAAUGGCCAACCGCCUGAUAACUUAUUCCACCCCAUUAUAUGCCUACCGAGCGUACUUGGAAAAUUUGUUGGGGUACACACCGGCUGCCCUAAAAAGCCAGGCAACAAGUGCUGGAUUUUAUAUAGACACUCCCGGGUACCUAGAAGAUCAUGCCAAUAACGCUGGAGAAGUAACGCGAAAAGCUAUGUUUGUGACCAACGAGUACGUCCCGUUCAGCGCCAAAUUAUGUACGGACAUUUUUCAGCAGGGAAAAAAUUUGAUCACCGGUGUACCGCUACAUGUGCGCCUCAUUUUGAAUAAGCCGGAAUUCUACCUGCGUUCAUAUGCCAAUCUUCCAGUGGAUACCUUUAAAGCAUACAUUCGCAAUCCGCGGUUGUACGUCAAACGCUUUGUGCCUAAUCCGGCAUAUUUGUCUGCGCUUACUGCCCAAUUAUCGACAAAGACUGUGAAAUACCCUAUUGAGCGAGUUUGUAUGCGUGUUAAUGAUAUUGGUAUGAUUCAGAGCACAGUGCUGGCUAAUUUACAUAUUGGAGCAGUACCCAAAUGUGUUUUUGUGGGAUUUGUAAAAAGCUCGAGUUUUCACGGGCUGCGCCGAGGUAAUCCGUUUAACUUUGAACAUUUCAAUCUCAACUAUAUAAGUGUCGAAGUCGACGGACAGUAAUAUCCCGCACAGCCUACCGACCAAAUUUCGCCACGGGUGAUUAUUUGCAAUCAUAUGACGGUCUGUUGGAGACGCUCGGCCGCUUGCACGCACCGGACGGGGCGCUGCCUUUCGACCGUAAAGCAUUUGCGGAAGGAUUUGCUAUUUGGGGAUUCGAUCUGACACCUUCACGGACAGGCCGGGGACCGAUAAGCACCGUGCGCCAAGGAAAUCUAUCAAUCCGCCUGCAGUUCGCCGCCCAAUUAACUGAACCAAUUAUGGCCAUUACGAUGAUGGUGUGGGAUAAUAUUAUUGAAGUCAAUUCACAUCGCCAGCUAAUUGCGGAUUUUACAGCGUAAAAACCUAACAUCGGCACUAAAAUGGACACUGCUGAAAUCGACCACGUGCUACGUUCAAGUACCGUGACGAAAGACGCUUUUAUUGGUUUAUUUGCUGCGGACAUGUUACCACCGUCCCUGCCAAUGAAGCUGCCAUGGGCAUGCGUUGUCAAUACUGACGAAGCUGCAAAGCCAGGCUCGCAUUGGUUGGCGUUCUACCAGGACGUCCCGGGAAAAUUGGAAUAUUUUGACUCUUAUGUUCACGAACCGAGAUUUUACGGCAUCCAUAUUGAAAGUUUUUGCAAGAACGCCGAGUUAGUUAUUUCGCAAGCGCAUCGUUUACAAAUGGAAUGGAGUACCGUGUGCGGACAGUACUGCUGCUUUUUUAUUCUAAAACGAUGCUCCGGCGAGUCAUUUACCUCUCUUAUUCAUUUGUUCACCAAUAGCAAAUCGUCGAAUGAUCGAAUGGUUUGUGCUUAUAUUAAUCAUUAUUUUGAUUUGAACACUGUAAUUCGUGAUCGCUCUAUGAUAAUUCAGUCUGUUUUCCGUCAAAUAAUGCAAUAAAAUCUGGCCAUCCAAACCCUUACGUAUGAGUGUAGGUGUAGUUACUUUGUACCGCAACAAAUUGCAGUGCAACAAAAUAUUACACUACAGCAACAUUGCGCUGCCAUGUGGAUGUUUUGUUUCGAAAUAUAACAGGACAUCGCAUUUUGUACUCGUGGUCUUGCCAAAAACAUGUGCUUCAUAGCAGUUUUUCCUUACUGCAUCUAUUUCUAUUUGGCGAAGCAGAAUGGUUUUUCGAAUUGUUGUGGACAUCAAAUGGUAUAAUCGUAAUGAGAAGUCAAUUAUAACGGAACUGGCAAUUAGUUCUGUUGAUUUCCAUUGUCUAUAUUACACCCGAUUUUUGCUUCCUCCGGAUAAUUACAUUGUUAGCAAGUACGGCAUCAGUUCCACGAAUGUCGAUGAAAUAUUUGUUAAAGCUUUCUCGGACCUGGAGAUUCAGAUAAAUCGAGCGUUCAGAAACUAUCUGCAAAACGUUAAAGACCCCCUAAGCGUUGUUUUCUAUGCGAAAGGUUCAGAAAAGUGCGGUAUUAUCCAGGAUUUAUUAAAAUCUGAUUGCAUCAACUUGGACUCGUUAGGCUGCCCGCGCUUUUCCGAUUUAUGCAAUGACAGAUGCUACAGUCCCAACAAAGCACAGGCUUACUCAAACUGGAUGCUGACUCAGUAUCUAAAAAGUUCCAAAAAAUGCUUGCUUUGCCGCAUGCCGAUCCCCGACACUGGCGUUCGUCAUCAUCGACGAUGGCGCAGUCGAAUUUCAAGACCAGAUCUAAAUUACUAUUCGGAUGAACAGGGUAACAGGUGCUGCAUCCGUUGUGGAGCUGUAUUCAUUUCCGGUGAGGACCGCACUGAACAAAAAAGGAUCGCGGAUAUUAACAUGCCUGACAUUUUUAGCGCAUGAAUCAUUGAGCGAUCUGUUUGGAAAUUCAGAUGAUAACAAAAAUGCUGUAGCGGAAUUUAUUCAUAUAUAAUCUGAGUAUCUUGGGUGCAUCUUUGAGACUAGUAAAAUCACGUUGCCAGAGCUCGUCUUUACGAUGACGCAAGUACCUGAUCGUGUACGGGGCAACUCUAACGCCUGUACUAGUAACCCACAGUUUGCUGAUACCGCACUUUUCAAUCAUGAUUAUGCUCUUCUUGAUCAUAAUUAUACUGUACCACGAGCUGAUCUGCCAGCUUUGAAUAUAGCUGACGAAGUCGAUCCAGACUUGAAUGACAUUAAAGAUUAUUAUGUGCUCGAAAAUAUCGGAGCAAAAUAUUCCCAGAAAUUUUCAGUUUCGUUCGAAACUUACAAAUGUACAGUGACGGGGCUGGAUAAUCUAUCGUUCAAGUAUGCUGUUAAAACGAUAACACUCGUUUUGAAAGAUAUUCUGGAGAGUGUGAUUGCUGCGAUUCCAGCGCAUAACCUGGUGCGAAUCCGCAUGUAUCAAAAUGCUCUGCAGUAUCCAAUUUGGAUGCCACCUAUUCGGCGGGACCAAAUAACAAUUGAACGGUGGAUGACGACAAUAAGGCGGAUUCUAAACUCUAAUCAGGCUUUUCUGCUAGACGAAUCAUUUGAACUGUCAGUCCAGCACACUGAUUUGCCAUCCGGAUCAUGCAGAAAAAAUGUAUCAAAAUUGUUGCAGCGGAUUUUAGGCAACAAAAGAUGUAUUACCCAGAUUCGAAAUACGGACUGUUUGUGUAUGGCCAGGGCUAUAGUUGUGGCACAAGCGCAUGCAGAUGGCGACAAAGAACUGUACACAAAGCUUUACCGAACCAAAAAGUUGCAAGACCAGAAGACAAAAGAAUUAUUGUUGACUGCCAACCUGCCAAACAGAGAAUUCAACGUGCAAGAUAUUCCCCGCUUUGAAGAAGUUUUACCGAAUUAUCAGUUUAUUGUGGUAUCUGUGGAUCAUGGAAAUUCUAUCGUCUACUGCGGCGCCUACUGCGAAAAGCGAAUUAUGCUGCUGCAUCACGAUCAACAUUUUGAUGUUUUAACAUCUUUACCGGUCUAUUUUGAGCACCACUAUUACUGUUACCGUUGCAUGAAAGGCUACGAUCAAAGACAGUAUCACCGCUGCGAGUUCAAGUGCCACCAGUGUUUGUCUGCAACUUGCAAAAUGAAUAAGCAAGAAACCAUACACUGUCUGGACUGUAACCGCGAUUUCUAUGGGCAAGAUUGUUUUGACAGACACCAAGCUGGGAGCAGCACCAUCUGCGCAAAUUUUUUCAUUUGCCGUGAGUGUAAAACCUUUGUCUCUAUGGUAAAUCGCCGUAUGAAGACC